AAACUUUGAAGUUUCUCCGAAGAUCUAAUAUAUAUAUGCCUGGUGAGGUUUUCAUUGAUAAUUGAUUUAUAUAGAUUUCGUGUACUGGAUCUAUAACAGUGAAGAGCAGUGUUUUGAUUCUUGGAGACUCCAUUACUCAAUCACCAUUCUUUCGUGGCACCUUCUUGUUAUUGUCCUUUUGGUUUAAACCUGCUCUUAUAUUUAGCUUUACUCGUUGAUGAUUUCUUCGUAAACUUGGAGUUAAUGGGGAUUAGUAAUUCAAGGGAAGGAAGUUGGAGGCAGGGUUCAUUGAAUCGUUCAAAUUCAUCAUCAAGGGAUUCUUAUAUGUGGUAUAAUCAAUAUUCAUACGAUCAAGAGAGCCCCAGUGUUGAGCCACGGUCACCGUCCUAUCAUCCGCAUUUGAAACACGAGCCGCCGUAUUUUGCACCUUCCGAACAAGUGCCACAGUAUUAUAACCUGCCUUCACGAGAUCAUGCAAGUGAUAGAAGGAUGCUGCAGAGGAGGUAUUCGAGAAUCGCAGAUAACUAUCACUCCUUGGAUCAGGUGACUGAGGCUCUCGUGAAUGCUGGCCUUGAAUCGUCAAAUCUCAUUGUCGCUAUCGAUUUCACGAAGAGUAACCAGUGGACAGGUAAAAGAUCAUUCAAUGGCAAAAGUUUGCACCAUAUUGGAAAUGGUUUGAAUCCAUACGAACAAGCAAUAUCAAUCAUUGGGAGAACCCUAGCUGUCUUUGACGAGGAUAACUUGAUUCCAUGUUUCGGGUUCGGUGAUGCAUCAACUCAUGACCAUGAUGUCUUCAGUUUCUAUCCGGACAAGAGAUUUUGUAAUGGUUUUGAGGAAAUCUUAAGCCGAUAUAGAGAAAUCAUGCCUCAUCUACGUCUUUCAGGACCUACAUCGUUUGCUCCUAUCAUUGAAAUGGCAAUGACCAUUGUUGAGCAGAGUUGUGGCCAGUACCAUGUGUUAGUGAUAAUUGCCGACGGACAGGUAACCGGAAAUGUUGAUACCGGGCACGGCAGGUUAAGUCCGCUAGAGCAGAAGACCGUUGAUGCCAUAGUGCAAGCAAGCAAGCUUCCACUUUCAAUUAUAGUGGUCGGUGUCGGAGAUGGACCAUGGGACAUGAUGAAGGAGUUCGACGACAAUAUUCCUGCUCGAGCCUUUGAUAAUUUCCAGUUUGUAAAUUUCACGGAGAUCAUGUCGAAGAAUAUAGCUCCAUCGCGCAAGGAGACGGAAUUCGCUCUAGCAGCUUUAAUGGAGAUCCCAUCACAGUACAAGGCAACUAUUGAGCAUAACAUUCUGGGUGUUCGAAAGGGAAAUGUUCCGGAGAGAGUUCCCCUACCUCCGCAUACAUGCGGUGCUGCAUCUUUCAACAGCUCGAAACUGUCUCACGUUACCGGUUUCCGACCAAGUGUCUCUCUGUACCCCGAAGUUACAACUUCCACUUACGAUAGCCAGCUUUGUCCCAUUUGUCUUAGUAACUCGAGAGGCAUGGCAUUUUGUUGCGGGCACCAGGUGACAUGCGAAGAAUGUUCGGAAGAACUCGAAAACUGCCCGAUAUGCCGGAGUCCAAUCAGAUCGAAACUAAAGCUUUACUUUUAAUGCUUCUCUACUUGUAAUUAUUCUUUUUGAUUUGUAGUUUG